AUGGCCCAGCUUUUCGAGUUUGACGACGAGAACCUCGCGUCUAAAACGGAAUCCCUCGCGCUAAACGAGCCGUACGUUCCAGAACCGCUGGUCGUCGAGGACGUCCCCAUCGGUGGGGGAGUGGAGAGCAGACUUGCCAAAUCCUACGAAGUGCCCAUCGACUUGCCUUAUCAGGCAGGCAAACGCAAGAAGAACGUGACGGACUUCCAGCCAAUUAGAGUCCUCGGUAAGGGAAGCUAUGGCAAGGUGAUCUUGGUGAAAGACAAGGUGUCUGGCCGAUUGUACGCACAGAAACAGCUUAAGAAGGCCUCGAUGGUGGUCAAUGCAAAGAACUACGAAAGAACACUAACGGAACGGACUAUUCUCGAACGGGUGAAACAUCCAAACGUUGUCAAGCUGUUCUAUGCUCUUCAAGACUUCGAUAAGUUGUAUCUGAUGCUCGAAUACCUCGAAGGUGGAGAAUUGUUCCACCAUCUGUCCCAGGAACGCAUUCUGUCCGAGAAAGUUGCUAGUUUCUACGUCGCCGAGAUCAUUCUCGCCCUUAGACACUUGCACCUGCACACGGGAGUGAUUUACCGCGACUUGAAGCCAGAAAACUGCAUGCUCAACAGACGGGGCCAUCUGGUUCUCACAGACUUCGGUUUAAGCAAAGUCUCGACCGAGAGCAGCUCGCUGUUUGGAACAGCCCAAUACAUCGCCCCGGAAGUCAUCCAGGGAGAAAGAUACGAUACACAGUGCGAUUGGUGGUCUCUUGGUGCGGUCUUAUUUGAUUUAUUAACAGGUUCUCCUCCUUUCACAGGAAACAACAAUAAAAAGAUCAUGGACAAGAUUCUGACUCAAAAGGUGAAGUACCCGUUUUAUCUUUCGCAAGAUGCCAAAGACCUGCUGAUAAAACUCCUCAACAAAAAGCCGGACAAGCGAUUGAACUGCGACACCAACUUCAACGACAAAGUGAAGCCACACCGGUUUUUCAGAUACAUUAACUGGCAGCACAUAAUAGACCAAAACGACGUCGAACAGCCUCCACCCAUCAUCCCAGUUGUGACAAACUCCGAGCUCGCCGAGAACUUCGAUUCUGAAUUCACGUCAAUGAAAAUUACGCCUCCGAGCAGUCCAAUUGCACACUCUGUUCUUGAAAAAAUCGAGGACGAGUCUCGUUCAAAUAGCACUUCUUCGUUCAUCGCUAUUAAAAAGCCAACGGCAGACAACAAAUACGAAGAGUCUGUCUACUUCAACGGCUUUUCAUAUACCCACGAGGACAAUCUUAUGGAGCUCAAGGGCUAA